AUCAGCUGUGUCCAAUCACAGCUGAUCACAUGGUACAUGUACACUGAUCAUCAGGGCACUGAUGGUCAGUGUGACCCCAGCAGUGCCACCUGUCAGUGUCCAUCAGUGCCUUAUGUCAGUGCCUCGUGCCAGUGCCCAUCAGUGCCACAUCAAUGCCACAUAUCAGUGCCAUCUGAGCUGCCUUUCAGUGUCAUCCAUCAAUACCAAUCAGUGCCACCUAUCAGUGCUGCCAGUCAGUGCCGCCUAACAGUGCCAGUCAGUGCUGCCUAA